AUGAUUGGAAAAUUCCCAUCUGUUGUCCGAUUGCAAGACAGAUGGUGCUACAAUAAGGACUCCACUAUGUAUGGAAAGGACAGGCAUAGCUACCAUUCAGAUGGGCGAUGGGGUUCUGUGCCAGCGCAUAAGCUCGUAGAAGUAAAACACACCAUGUAUCAUCCCCUGCUACCCAGCCUACAUAGAACAGAGAAUGUUGGACAUAAGUCAAGAAACAAGAACUUAAGGAGCACCCCAGCCUGCCCCAGUGAAUACCACAGCCCUCUUAUAUCCACAUCAAACGGACAUUCAGACCGCCAGAUUCCAACUCAUGAAAUCACGAUGACUGGAGAACAGAUGACAUCGCAAUAUAGUAUAGGCACAAUGGCACCACUGGCCUUAGGCAUUAAACAUGACAAACGGCCCUCUUUUACCCAUGCAGCUGACGAUUGGUCCAAAUUCAUCUCUUCCUCUGGAGAGUUACAGCUUCAAGACUCCAAGAAAUUCAAUCUGGGGUACAGUCUGUAUGCAGUGCGCUUCCUGUCACCUGACAUUACACGUUCAUGGAGGUACUCUCUGCAGCAAAACCCUUCACUUGACCAAUAUGGGCAAAAGCCAUUGCCAGUAGAGACAAUAAACACCUUCCGCAGUUUUGGAUCUAAGUACAGCCCAACAACUUAUCUCCGCCCUUGGCAUUGACCAGUAAUAGAAGAACAGAAGAUUUACUGACUGAAGAUAAAAUAAAAUGGAGCAUUUAAAAACACAUCUUUUGUUGUCUAUUAUGAAAAAUAAAAUAAAAGAAACCUUAUAACUGCA